GGCCUUCUCUCUCUUCUCAACACACUAUAAUACCACAUCCCCUCCCCCAUUUCGUCACUAUCCUCCAUCCCCUCUUCUCUUUCCACUAUCCUCAUCCUUUCCGGAUUUCUUCUCCUUUGCAUGCAUACCUAUACCAUCCACACUCACCUUUUCCCUGCCUCUGCAUUCGGGUUUUCUUUUUUUUUAUUUCUGACUGCCAUUUGGCUAUCUUAACUUCUUCUAUCCGGUCUUUAUAUAUAUACACAGUAUUUUAUUUUAAGUUAAAUGAAAACUUAGGCAAAACUUGUCACCGUUGAGAGGGGAUUGUUUAGCAGAUAUUUGGGUGUGCAAUAUUUGUGUUUUAUAAUGGAAAAAACGAUGGGUUGGGAGCAAAACACUCUUUUGAAUGAGCUAGCACAGGGGAGAGACUUCACUAAUAUGCUAAGGAAGCACCUCCAUCCAUCUUCAUCCCCCGAAACACGCCAAGUCUUGCUUGACAAAAUACUGUGCUCCUAUGACAAAGCUCUUUCGUUGCUGAAUUGUAGUGGUUUUAUGGUUGAGACGAAACCCAGGGUUCGCACGUUGGGAUCCCCUGAAAGUGACGCCUCUGAUAAAAAGGAUAUGCUUAAAAAGAGGAAAACAUCUUCAGGGUGGAGUGAGCAAAUAAGGGUUUGCUCGGCGAUGUCAUUAGAGGGGCCUCUUGAUGAUGGAUAUUGCUGGCGAAAAUAUGGGCAGAAAGAUAUUCUUGGAUCCAAUUUUCCAAGGGCAUAUUAUCGAUGCACUCAUCGUUACUCGCAAGGCUGCUUAGCCGGUAAGCAAGUUCAAAGAUCAGACGAGGACCCAACAAUAUUCGAGGUGAAAUAUCGUGGAAGACAUGCCUGUAACCAAGUCCCUCACUUGGUUGCUAAGCCCAAAGAGAAAGGCAAUCAUUAUCGGGAAAAGCAGCAAGUUGAAGAGAAACAAAAGCAAUCCAAGGAAAUGUUGUUGAGUUUUGAAACAGGGCUUAAGGUUAAAACAGAGGACUUGGACAACAGAGAGGACAUAUUUCCUUCAUUUUCUUUCCCCAUUGAGUCAGAGGAAGUUCAAAAUGGGUUAUUACUUAAUUCCCUAAUGAAAAACAUGUCUCCGGCAUUUGUGUCACCAGCUACAUCUGAAUCCAACUAUUUUUCAGUGUCAGCGUUCCACAUGGGCAGCUUUGAUUUCGGCCAAAAUGUGCAGACUUCGGAAUCUGAACUUACAGAAAUAAUCUCUGCACCAGCUUCAGUUACUAAUUCACCCAUUGUCGACCUCGAUAUUUCAUCACUCGAGAAGCUGGAGUUCGAUCAAAGCUUCCCAUAUGAUAAUCCUGAGUUCUUCACUAAUUUUUUACAGUAAGCUCUCAGUCUGCAUUAGAAAAUAGAUUGACAAGUGUCCAUGUUUUGGGUGUGACCAGACUUCAAUAUCAGUCGAUUAGGCAGCUCAAUUCUUGGAAAUAUUUUGUUUUCCCUUCAUUUGCUUUGAGCUAUUCAUUUUUAGUUUUUAGCCUUGAGAGUGUUCUUGUACUAAUUCAAAUCGGAAAAAAAAAUUGUAAUCUCUUAUGUAAAAAUUUGGUCAAAUUCUGCUAUUAGCCCUUCUACUUUAAGUGGGUUGUGGAUUUAGUACAUGUAAUUUAAUUUGAUCAAAUUUAGUCAUUUUACUAUUUAGUCAAA